AUGGGAUCUUUGCACAUCACUGGUUCUUUUCACGAGAGGCGGAAUUGCGGCAUCUGCAAAGGCGUAAUCAAAUUUCUUUGUGACGUUCUUGAAGCCGACUGCAACACACUAAGAUUCGCAGUGAAAGCAGCUGUCAGUCGUGUUCAACGACCACAAAGUAGAAGACGGUUGCGUGUUCUGAGUGUUUGCCAACAAGGAUGUAUAGAAAGAUUUGCAGACCAUGUAAUCAGAGGCAAACUGCAGUUGGAUAGUGCGAUCGUGGACCAAGCUGUCACUUUCCGCUUGAAGUAUCUAAUCGCUUUGGAUGGAGCACAGACACUGGAAAGCAUUGCCGAUUGGAAAGUGCUGCUUUAUUUGCAGAAAAUAAACGCUUCUGUGGACAUUGUGAUAUCGCUGUUAUCCGUUGAGAAGAUCCUUGAGAUGUUCCAUUCGUGCUCGAUGGAAGAAACCCCUGAUGAUGCGCUGCUAUCGUUGAAAGGAUGUUGUUGCCUCGAUUGA